AUGAGAUCGUCGCUUGUGUCGAAGAGUGCCGCUGCUCUCAAAGCCAAUAGUCAAACGGCUCCAAUUAAAGAGAAGCUUAAAAACGGACUUACCGUCGUCGCACAAGACAACAAUGGAGCUGUCAGUCAGUUGAUUUUGGCAUUCCGUGCAGGAGCCCGUUAUCAAUCGGUCACCCAACAAGGGCUCGUCCAUCAUAUUCGGAAUUUUGUCGGACGAGAUGCUCAGUCUUACCCAGGACUUCAACUGGUCUGGUCAUCCGCAGCAUCGGGAGCUCAAAUGAAUUCAUUUGCUUCUCGUGAUAUUUUCGGAGUCCAAAUCAGUGUUGCCCGUGAUGACGCAGCCUAUGCUCUCUCAAUUCUUGGACAUGUUGCAUCGAAACCAGCCUUCAAGCCAUGGGAAACUGAGGAUGUUCUCCCAACGAUUCGUGCAGAUCUCUCUCAAAAAACACCAUAUUCUCGUGUGUUCGAAGAUCUUCAUCGCGCCGCUUUCCGUAAUGAUUCACUCUCAUACUCGCUUCUUUCUUCGAAAAAUCAAAUUGGAGCAUUCAAAAGUGACGAAAUGUCGAAGUUCGCUGCCAAGCAUUUUGUGAGCGGAAAUGGAGUUCUUGUUGGAAUCAAUGUUGAUCACAACAUUCUUAAAAACUAUGCAGAAGAGUCUGGAACAAUUUCCGAGGGAUCAAUAGUUAUGAAUCAUAUGGCACCAUUUAGAGGUGGCGAUUAUCGUCGGUUCGCUCGCGGAGACAAUGUGCACAUCGUGAUUGCUGGCGCAGGUGCCCCAAUCAAUGACGUCAAACAACGAGCCGUUCAAUCAGUCUUCCUCGCUCAUGUCGGACGAAGCUCUCCACUUAAAUUCGCCACUCUCCCAGGAACGCAAUCAGGAUUGGGGCUUGCAAAUCUCCCAGGAGGAGUCACCGGAAGCUCGUUCCAAGCUGCUUAUGAUGGAAGUGGACUUGCUGGCGUAUACCUCAUCUCCCCUGCUGCUAACUCCGAUGCAGCUGUACGUGCUGCAGUUGGGGCAUUGAGAAAGCCAAAAGUUCAAGACAUCGAAGGAUGCAAACGUCGUGCAAUCGCUGAAAUCCUCUUCUCAUCUGAAAAUUCGGUUCUUUCGGCUUAUGAGCAUGCAACAAAUGCUCUCUACAAGGGACCAGAUUCAUCGAAUGAUCUCAUUUCGGAAAUUCAGAAAGUCGAUGUGAAAGAUGUGGAAAAAUUCGCCGACGGUGCAUUCCAACGUCUCGCCAUUUCCGCAUAUGGAAACUAUUUCAGAAUUCCAUAUUCGGAUGAGAUUCACUAA